AUGCCAAGCCGGAUUCAAGAAGACGAGCUCUCUGAGCUUGCGUUAACCCUUUCUUCUGCUUCCCAAGACCUCAACAAGUUUUUGUCUGCCCGCGGCAUCCAAAAACUCUCAACAGACGCACCUGCACCCAAUAUCGCGCUCACCAAUGAGAACAAACCUUUCUUCCAAGCUAAAACCUCAAUCAUCGACGCCGCUGAGCGGAUUAUCCGCCUGGUGCGUGGACCGCGAGACGCUUUGGUCACUCUCAGCUUUGAACACUGCGCCACGGCUUCUCUUCAAAUUGUCAUGAAAUACAAGCUGGCUAGUUAUAUUCCACUCGAGGGGAGUAUAACGUAUACGGCGGUGUCCGAAGCUGUUGGAAAGCCCGGGGUUACGCCUGCACUUGUUGAGCGUGUUCUCCAGCACACCUCCUCGUUUGGAUUGUUUGAGGCCCAGCCAGGUGGCACCGUCGCACACAGUGCCAUGUCCUCCCUUCUUGUAACCGACCCAGACUUAGAAGCAUGGAUGGAUCUGAGUGCCACUAUAGCCUAUCCGGCCGGAGCUUCUGUGCCUAAAGCCAUUGAGAACUAUGGUUAUAGCAUGGAGGCAGAUGAGGCGGCCUACGGAGUUUCCAUCGGCAGGAAGAUUUCUCAGUUUCAGCGUUUCCGUGAGGCUGAUAAGCUGCACGAUAUGUUCGCUCGUGCCAUGCGCGGUAUUUCUCUGGGUGGUGCUUAUGACAUUCGUCACGCAGUAGACGGUGGAUAUCCAUGGGACUUGCUGGAGCAGGAACACAUCCGCCUUAUUGUUGAUGUUGGCGGCGGCCCUGGUCACGUUUCCAUGGGACUGGCCAAGAAAUAUGCGAAAUUGCGAUUUGAGGUGCAAGACCUGCCGGAGACUGUCAAAGUUGGCGCACAGUCUUGCCCUGAGGAGUUGAAAAGCCGCAUUACCUUUCGUCCGCAUGACUUUAUGAAGCCUCAGCCGGAGCAUAAGGUCAGCGGCGACGAAGGCAUUGCUUACUUCUGCCGCUUUAUUCUUCAUGAUUGGAGCGACAAGUACGCCCAGAGAAUUCUGCAGAGCCUAGCCUCAUCUCUGCGGCCUCAAGAUCGCAUCAUUAUCAACGACGUUGUGGUCCCUGAUCCAGGCCAGGAUAGCCGCGAGAGAGAGCGACGGAUGCAUGAUCGUGACCUGUUGAUGCUGAUGAAUCUCAAUGGUCGCGAGAGAACGAGAUCUGCUUUUGAGUGUUUAUGCAAUAGCGUGACGCCGAAGUUAAAUGUACGAAACGUAUUCCGACCAGAACUCGGGGAACUUUCUCUCAUUGAGAUUGCCUUGGCGGAUACGCAAUAUUGA